AUGGAGAGAAUCGAUGUGCACGCCCACUGCGUGCCACCCUCGUAUCGCGAGUAUUGCCUACAAAGCGAAUUUGCAGGCAAAGGCCACCCAGAUGGAAUGCCCGCAAUCCCAGUGAGUCCCUCUGAACCUGAUCAGCACAUCUGUACUAAACAAAAUAUCCAGGAAUGGAGCGCCGAAGCACACAUCAACCUAAUGACCCAGCUAAAAAUCCAGAAAUCAGUGCUAAGCAUGUCAUCUCCAGCAACCCAUCUAACCCCGGGCGACAACGUAGAAGGCAGAGCCGUAACCCGCCGCGCCAACAUCGACAUGUCCAAAAUCUGCGCCGAUCACCCAACCCACUUCCUCUUCUUCGCCUCCCUCCCCCUCCCAGACGUCGAAGGCUCCCUUGCAGAAAUAGACUAUGCACUAGACCAGCUUGGCGCAGUGGGAUUUCAGAUCCUGACCAAUUCCCACGGGAUCUACCCGGGCGAUCAGCGCCUUGCACGCGUUUUUGACAAAUUGAGUGAGCGAAAGACCAUUGCCUUCUUUCAUCCGACUACGUGUCUUAUCCGACACGAUGACUCCGUUGAAAAGGUGAUACCGCUCCCUGGUGUUCCUGCGCCUAUUAUGGAAUUUAUGUUCGAUUCGACACGGGCGUUGAUGAGUUUGAUUACUUCUGGGACUGUGGAGCGAUGUCCUGGAAUUAACUUUGUGGUUUGUCAUUGUGGUGCUGCUUUUCCUCCGAUUAUGGAGAGGAUCGCGGCGUUUUCAUCUAUGAUUCCGGGUUCGGGGGAUGGGAUCAGCGCGGAGAAGAUCAAGCAGCUGUUGCAGACGCGUUUCUAUUUUGAUCUUGCGGGUGUGCCAUUUCCGGAUCAGAUUCAUGGUCUUUUACGACUGGUUGAUUCGUCUAGAUUGGUGUAUGGGACUGAUUAUCCCUAUACCCCUGCAGCGCUGGCUGAGUCUCUGGCUAAGAGAGCGGACGAUGGGCUGCGAAGUCUACUUGGGUUGGAAAAAACGAAACAAAUCUUGUUGGACAAUGCGCAGGAUCUUCUUGGGGCAACUCGUGGAUAG